GGUUACGAUGGACCGCCUCUGCUCCGCCGCUCCUCUGCUUCCUGCCUCCCUGUGAGCAUGCAGGUCCUACAGAUCGUCAAGGAGCUGGUGUCUCCGUCCAGACGCAGGGCAGCCGCCAGAUUCGGAGCGUCUGAUACCGAGCAGGAUGCAGCGGUGAAACUUGAACAGGAGCGAGCUGAGAUAGUCGCCAAAUAUGACAAGGGAAAAGAGGCCACCGUGGAGCCGUAGGACACCAACUUCCACCUGUACAAAGUCAUUGACCGCUUCGGCUUCGUCCAUGAGAGUGAACUUCCGAGUCACUUCUCACUUCUCACGCAGCAAAAACACACGGAGGUGGAGCGGACUUCCAAAUGGCUGAAGAUGCUGAAGAGCUGGGACAAAUACAAGAACAGCGAAAAGCUGGUCAGGAGGGUCUACAAGGGAAUUCCCCUGCAGCUCCGAGGAGAGGUGUGGUGUCUGCUGCUCGAUAUUCCCAAAAUAAAGGAGGAGAAGAAAGACUUUUAUGAGAAGUUAAAGGCUCGAGCUCGAGGAGUCUCUCCAGACAUCCGUCAGAUCGACCUGGACGUGAACCGAACCUACAGAGAUCAUAUCAUGUUCAUGCAUCGCUACGACGUCAAGCAGCAGGCGCUCUUCCACGUCCUCACAGCCUACUCCAUGUACAACACUGAGGUGGGAUACUGUCAGGGUAUGAGUCAGAUCACUGCGCUGCUUCUCAUCUACAUGAACGAGGAAGACGCUUUCUGGGCUUUGGUCAAACUGCUGUCUGGGCAGAAACACGCGAUGCACGGGUUUUUUGUUCCCGGCUUCCCGAAGCUGAUGCGUUUCCAGGAGCAUCACGACCGCAUCCUGAAGAAGAUGAUGCCUAAACUCAAACAACACCUGGACAGCCAAGAGGUUUUCACCAGCCUCUACACCAUGAAGUGGUUCUUCCAGUGUUUCCUGGAUAGAACUCCGUUCACUCUCACUCUCAGGAUCUGGGACAUUUACAUCUUAGAGGGUGAAAGACUGCUGCCUUCCAUGUCCUACACUCUCCUCAAGCUGCACAAGAAGCACCUGCUGAAGUUGUCCAUGGAGGAGCUGGUGGAGUUCCUGCAGGUGACUCUGUCCAAAGAUUUCUUCUUCGAGGACGACUUCGUGGUGGAGCAGCUGCAGGCGUCCAUGACGGAGCUCAGGAAGGCCAAGCUGGAUCUGCCGGCUCCAGGUGAAGACGCAGAGUUCCCCAAGAAGCCUCUAGGGCAGCUUCCUCCUGAGCUGGCGUCAGUGGUGAACCACGUGGGUAACGGGCAGAGUCACGCCGAACCAGCCGAACCUCCCAGGGGGCCAAGUCCUGUACCGGAACGCCAUCGGUCGGACAGUCGCCCCCCGAGCAGGUCACGCCGGGACUCGCUGGAUAAACCGUUCCGCCACCACAAAGACAGGAGGGAUGUUCGCUCCAGGGGAUCGGGUGAGAUCCCCAAUGAUCAUCAAAGGCAGUCUACGUCCACCACGCCUGAGAGGGGGUCGACUCCAUCCUCAGCCACCACCCCUAUACCCCAGCUGACCCCGGUAGAUAGAGGGAAGUUUCAGAGCCACGCCACCGCCAACCACAACUCCAACGCGGCCUCCAGCUCUAGCAAAGAGAUCACUCCCCGCUGGUUCAAACCCUCCGAGACCAAGCUGGAAGCUGUGAAAGCGGCGGCGGCCCGCGAGACGCACCUGAGCCGAGGGGCGUCGCCGGCCCCCUCCAGUCCAGGUGACACCGCGAUGCCUCACCGCCGGCCACGCUCCAAGGGCUUCGUCCCCGGCUCCAACCGUGGCUCCAACGCCUCCCAGUAUGACAAUGUGCCGGGAGUGCCAGAGCAGGAUUUUGAGAUCCUUGAGCUUGAAAGACCUCCGUCCAGAAUGAGGACCCCUCGCAGUGAAACCCCCUUCAGCGUAUCAUCCCUCCAUCAGGGCAGCCCGAACCGUGGACCUAGCUUGGGUGGAAGCGUCGUCUCCGUCGCAUCAGGGCACAGGAUGGCCAAACACGGCCUUCCUCCGUUUUCCCACAACAAGCCAGCAGGUGUCCAGGCUGGUUACCAUGGCAGCCACAACCAGUACCAUACCCCUCCGCAGCAGCACUCCCCCGGUAGGACGACUACCGAGGUCCCCAUCUUCCAUCCGGCGUACAGCGUGAGCCUGGACCCCAGAGGCGACGACAGACACUAUGCUCCGCCCUCCCAAUUUUCGUCGCCCUCCAACAUGGGGUACAGGGAACACGCGUACGCCACCACCCAGCGGCACCCCAACAGCCUCUCCCCCGAGAAGGCGCUCAUGAACAACUCCUUCGCCACCUACCGCAGGCAGCCGCCACCCAGCUCCUCCACCCACAACCUCCGAAACGCCAGGCCUCCCCCGGGGGAGCACUCCCUGCAGCAGCUCGAUACCCAGGGGAGGUCCACCCCGAUCUACCUGCAACAGCUCACCUCCGCCACGCAGGUGUACAACGCCCCAGACUAUAGGUUCGAGGGGCUUCGGAGAGGCGAUCAGAACAUGCAGUACCUCCAGCAGGAAGCAGGGGGGCAACGGCGAGCUGUAGACGGGAUCGCGUGGCCGCCGGAAGAUGAGCUACUCCCUCAAUCCCCAGGUGGGAUGCCCCGCUCGCCCAGCUUCCAGCGAGCCCAAAUGUCCCCCGUGCAGGAGUUCACGUUCCCCCCGGACCCCAACAACCUGCUCCACUACAGGACACAGUUACAGGAGCAGCAGCCCGUCAUAAGGCAACAGCUCCCCCAGCUGUUCGGCGGACCACACUACAGGCACGCACAGGAGGCGUUUGCCCUGCAGGAGUCCAUGCUGCUGUGAUUGGAUGAUUUUAAAAAAAUGAAUAAAAUAAAAGGCGAGACACUGUAAAAAAAAAAAAAAAAAAAUGAAAUACUGAAGUGUAGUCACUGACACUGUGGUAAAAAAGGUGAGCAGUAGUCCUACUUUUUGUUAGGAUCCUGGUUUUCUUUCUUUCUGCUCUGCCGUCUCCUUUCGUUUCUCUACGUGUGAAAGUACCGACUGUCACACUUGCAUCGUAACGUUGCAGGACGCACCAGCCUCUGACGUUUUUACUGAUCACUUUAAAAAAAAAAAGAGAGAGAAAGAGAAAAAAAAAACAAUAAAACAA